AUGGAGCCCACGCAAAGCAACGGCACUACGGUCAUCAGCGAAGAUGAAAUCGCCCUAUACGACCGCCAAAUCCGCCUCUGGGGCCUCCAAGCCCAAGAAAAGAUCCGCAAGGCCUCCGUCCUCCUCAUAACCCUCCGCGCCCUCGGCAACGAAAUCGCCAAGAACCUCGUCCUCGCCGGCAUAUCCUCCCUCACCAUCCUCGACCCAGCCCCCGCCACCCCCACAGACCUCGGCGCGCAAUUCUUCCUCAACGCCUCGCGGUCCGAGGCGGCGGCAGCAACGCCGUCCGCCCCCAGCGAGGAGCAACCACAGGCUGGCGCAUCACCAGAGGCAAACCUCGACGGAAGCUCGCAACAAGACCAAGCCAACAGCGACCCCAUCACCGCCGGCCAAAACCGCGCCUCCGCCUCCGCCCCCGCGAUCCAGAAGCUCAACCCCCGCGUAUCCGUCAAGGUCGACCCUUCGGACCCUUCUUCCAAGGACGACGCCUUCUUCUCCCAAUUCGACGUCAUCAUCGCCACCGACCUCCCCGCCCCAGACCUCCAACGCAUCAACGCCGCCGCCCGGCGCGCCGGCAAGGCCUUUUACGCCGCCAGCCUCUGCGGCAUGUACGGCUUCGUCUUCGCCGACCUCGGCGAGCACGAGUACGUCAUCCAACGCGACGCCGGCAACGUCGCCACCCGACCCGGCCCCGAAACCCGCACCCGCGCCGUCCUCGACGUCCGCACGAAAAAGGACGGCCCCCGCACCGUCGAGUCCGUCACCAAGCGCGAGAUCUACUCCCCUUUGCCGACGCCUGCCUCGCCGGCGCCCUCGCCCCGACUUCGCCAAGAACAAGCGCCGCCUCCGCGGCGUCACCCCGUCCUCUCCUGCCUCCGCGCCCUGUGGUCCUUUGUGCCCGCGUCCUCGGACCCUCCCGCCGCCGCCGCCGCCGCCGCUGGCCAAGACGGCGCCUCCACCCACGCCUAG